GUAAACUUUGGUAGAGUUUCUGUGCAGCUUCUAUUACAUGCAUAGAAACGAAGUGUUGGGAUGGCAAGAGGCAUCUUAGUCCAGUCACCUUAAAUGCAGGAAUCUUUUGUCCAUUGUGGGGCUCGAGCCCAUGACCCCCGAGAUUCAUGCUGAAUUAGAGGAAAAACCAGCACAGCGCCAGGUGCUGAAAGGGCGGCAGGUUGGGUACGUCGACAGGGAACCAACCCAAUAGAUGAUACUUUGGAUGAAGUGACAAGGAAAGAACUGUGCACAGACACUUUCUGCAAAGUUUGUGGAGCUGUACUGCAGUUUGAAUCGCAAAGGGCUGCACACUAUGAGGGCAAAAGGCACGCUCAAAAAAUCCGGCUUUAUUUACAGAUGCAUAGUGAACAGAAGGAUGGCCAGGAGCCCAGCAAACAGAAGUUACAGUAUGUGAAUUUCCAGAUGGACCCAAAUGUGGACAAAAACACCUACUGCAGGCUUUGCAACAUGGUCUUCACGUCCCCAAUAGUUGCUCAAGCACACUACCUGGGAAAGAUUCACACCAAGAAGCUGAAACGGCUGUCGGAAGAUCAGGCACAACAGCCUGUGCAGAACGCUCAGCCAGAACCUGGUCCCUCUGCGGUUCCAUCUCUGCCGGAGCCAUCUGUUGAAAACGCCUCGCAGGACACGGAUGUGAAAGACCCGUCGCCAUCCUGUAAAGCCACGUUGGAUCUAGACGAUCCGGAUAAAUUCUGCAAGCUUUGCUCGGCGCCCUUCAACAACCCACUUAUGGCCCACCAACACUACGUGGGCAAGAAGCACAAAAGGAACGAAGCGCGCAAGAAGCUGAUGAGCGAGAUGGGAUCUGAGGCCGUUCCCGCGGAGUCGCAGGCCAAUGCAGUUGGAGUGGGCAAGUAUAUAUGCCCCAUAUGCAGCAUCAGUCUCACGUCCAUAGAAAUGUACCAGUCGCACAUGCAAGGAAAUAAGCAUCAGAUAAAAGAAACCAUGAUUUCCAAUCUAAUAACGAACUCCAGGAAAACAUACAGCUCCUUCCAAGAUGAAUUGGAAGAUUAUAUUAAAGUGCAAAAAGCAAGGGGGCUGGAACCAAAGACCCACUUCAGAAAGCCAGAAGAAGAGUUUCAAAUGGAAGAGUAUGGUGCCAUGAAUGGCCAUGAACGGGGCUUUGGAUUUGAUCAGGAUCAGUUUUCCGGCGACGCUAACACACCAGAGCAGUAUUCUGGCAUUUUCUCAGAAACAUGUCCACCUUUGUAUUCUGUUAGAAGCAGAUUGUCCCACUGGCCGCCAGGGUACAGAGACCUGCCGAAACUAGAAAAUGCACCCGUUUCUCAGCACAGCACAGGUAGUUCCCUAGAAAAACAGGCAUCUCCAUUGGCCACCUAUAAAAGUGACAAUUGCAACCCAUCAUCCGAAUCCAUUGAUGGCUACAAACAUCUACCUUCCGAUAGUAGCUCUGCCUUUCAUAGAAGGAGCCAGAAGUCGCCAAAGACAUUCAGAAAGGAGGAAGAAUGUUCAGGAGAGGAAGACGGCGACCCUCGCCCACCCCUUGCUAAGUUCAGGAGAAAACAGCGCUGCGAAGGAGACGCAAACUUUGGAAAGGGCGGAGAGAAGAGGAAGAGAAAGAAAGAGGACGUCGACUCAAGUGCCGAGUCGAAAUCGAAGCAGGGUAAAGGCAGAGGAAAUACAGAGGGAUCUUCUGAGAAGGAGAGCAGGAAGCACAAGAAGGAGAAAAAGAAGGCUGAAGCUGGAGGACCAACAGAGGAGGAGAUGUUGUGGGAUGAAUCCAUCCUGGGAUUCUGAGCUUCUCCUAAUUAAUGAAUUUUUGCGUUCAUUUGAACCGUUGUGCACUUUUAUGUUUCCAUUACUGGUUACUUUCCCUGCCCCCCCCCUUUUAAUUGCUUGUUCAGGAAUAAUGAAUGAUGGGCACAAGAUCUCUUAGCAAAGCACUAGGGAAGAAGUGGAACUGAAAUUUUGUUGUACUGUACGAAACAUAAUUAGCAAUUUUCAGUACUUAUCCUGAAGCGGCAUUUAAUGCACUAUGAAUUUAGUGUGUAAUAUUCUUUCCGGUAGCAUUUAAAUGCAGGUUUAAAAAACCCCAAAAAGCUAUGCAUUGUCUACGGUUGCAGCGAUAUCUGUGUUGUUGAAAGCUUUAAUAUGAAAGUAUGGGGACAGGGAGAGGGUUUAUUCCAUUUCUUCAUAAUUGUUUUCCCCUUCCAGUUCUGAAAGUAUAAAAUAACACAUUAAACCAAGAAGAGAAAACCAGUUGAAUGUAUCCACACACACACCCUUUACAUCUCAGGUUCAUUUUAUUUAGGUAUCGUUCUUAAUCCUAGACCCAACACCACCUCAUCAAAAUCUCUCAUAAAGGUUUAUUUGACUACAACAGGCUUCACUGUUGAAACUGGGGUGAAGACCUUGCUUUCUGCAGUGCCUCACUGCCCACCGGUGCUUUGAAGCCCCAAUUUCAGGACUUCAAAGCACCACAUCCCCUGACGCCAUUUGUAAACUCAAGUGAUUGCCCACCUUUUAAAUUUGGCCCACGAGCCAGAUCCUGAUAGGGAUCUGGACCAUGGAGCCAAAAAAUUUCCCCAUCUCUGGCUUCAAAUGGUGAUUGUCACCAACAGGUAAGAGGUGCUUGUAAAGUUCAAGGAUGAUUUUUCUGAAAACGAAACACUAUUUAAGAGUGUUCAAGGAUCGGGGAUUAAGGCAGUCAGUUUAAAAUGAGAAUUAAGAUGCCCAGAAAUUCAUGCCUGCUUUUAAAGGCAUGGAAAUGGUUGAAGCAAUGUUUGCCUUUACUUGUAUGUCAUGUAGACAGUAAAGAUGAUUUCUGAAAAGCG